GAGGCAAACACUGCUAUGCCAUCAUUCGUUGGGGCGAUUAGCUGCUUCUUACAAGCACAAUUCUUACGCAGCGCGAAGCAUCACAGAUUCAUACCAAUGUCUCCGACGCCUAGAUUUGUAGUAGGAGGUUCGGGCGAGGUAUAAAAACGAUUACAUCACAUCUUGAACGAUCAUGUCAACCAUGUCAAUGACCAUCACCCAAUCUGCCCUUUUCGGUGGCAACCAGGGCGACGUUUUCAACGACAUCAACGUUGCUGGCUGGCCCGCUACUCAGAACAUCAGGAAAAUAUCCAAGAUCGUUGUCCGCCAUGGCGAGAUCGUCGAUAACAUUGCCGUCACGUAUGAACGCACUGGCGGCCUUGGCCCCGACACUCAGUCCCAUGGCGGUGCUGGUGGAACUCGCGUGAACACCAUCAAUCUCAGUGAGAGCGAGUUUCUCGUCGGGGUUUGCGGUCAGUGCGGCCCCGUCGUAGCCGAUUACGGUCCUACAAGCAUCCAGAAGCUUCAAUUCAUGAUUGUUGACAAGGCCCGCGGAGCUUUCCGCGUCGAAGGCCCUUUCGCAAACGAGGCUAGGACGGGAGGAACUCCUUUCUGCGUCGUUGGCACCAUCAUGGCCUUAGCCGGGAGGACUAUGGUUGUGACAAGCCAGGACCAAGGCACUCAACGCUUCAUGCAAUCCUUGUCCUUCUUCACUCCUUCUAAUGGCUUCGACUAAGUGAUUAUCCUUGCUUGUAGUGCUCCUCGGCCUAGUAUUGAAGUGUGAUUGUUUAUCGUGAAUCUUCAUGUAACAAUAUCAAUUGAUCCGCGUACAACAAGUAGUUAACUUGCUCGAUCGACGUGAUUUGUGUUUCCAAGCGAGUAUUACCUGGCCUGAGGAGUCGAAAAGUGUCUCGUUACAGUGCGAAACCUCAAGGUGAAUGCAACACAUCCACGGCGAACGCCGAUAUUUGCGCUUGUUGUGCAAGAGCCUCGUCACACCGAAUUCGGAUUUGCUGUCCUUCCACUUCAACGACGAUGUAGCGACAACUGUCAAGUGCCAUGUAGAUCCUGAAGAACCGUCUAAGCUUUCGUUUUACUCCAGUGCCAGUCCUUAUCUUCG